UGUAGCUAGGAAGCGGCUGCGUGUUUUCCUGUCUGUGAAUAACGUGCCUCCGCUGGUCCGCUGCUCCGCGCUGUUCGUUGUUUCUGAGCGCAGUCUGAGACUCAGGGCUGUUAGAAAUGGGAGAUGAUGAGGAGAAGUAUGACGGGAUGCUGCUGGUUAUGGCGCAGCAGCACGAAGGAGGAGUGCAGGAGUUGGUGAACACAUUCUUUAGCUUUCUCAGACGAAAAACAGACUUUUUUACUGGAGGUGAAUCUGGAGCUCCAGAGAGGUUGGUAAAGGAGGCAUUUGCCCAUCACAGUCAGCUGGCGCUCCAGGCCCAUAAGGACAAACAGUCCAAACAGGAGAAGGAGAAGAAAGAGAAAGCAGAAAGAGCUGCUAAGCUGAAAGCUGAAGAGGAGAGAAAAAAGAAAGAGUUGGAGAACGAACCCAGAAUUAAAGAACUGACGGAUGAGGAAGCGGAGAGACUGCAGACAGAGAUAGAUCAGAAGAAAGACAAAGAAGAGCAAAAGGAGAAAAAAGACACUGAAAGCAGUGCUGCCGAUACAUCUGAUAAAGCAGAAAAAGGGUCUGAAUCUGAAGGAGAAGAAGAUGAGAAGGAUAAGAACAAAGUAAAACCUAAUUCUGGGAAUGGAGCAGAUCUGCCCAACUACAGAUGGACACAGUCCUUGUCAGAAGUGGAUUUGAUAGUGCCUUUUGAUGUGAAGUUCCGGCUGAAGGGUAAAGAUGUUGUGGUGGAUGUCCAGAGACGUUCUCUGAAGGUGGGCUUAAAAGGCCACCCACCUGUGAUUGAUGCUGCAUUGUUUAAUGAGGUGAAAGUGGAGGAGAGCUCCUGGCUUAUUGAGGAUGGGAAAGUAGUGACGGUUCAUCUGGAAAAGAUAAAUAAAAUGGAGUGGUGGAACAAGUUGGUGACGACAGAUCCUGAAAUCAACACCAAGAAAAUCUGCCCAGAGAACUCCAAGCUCUCUGAUCUGGAUGGCGAGACACGCAGCAUGGUGGAGAAGAUGAUGUAUGACCAGAGGCAGAAAUCCAUGGGCCUGCCCACCUCUGAGGAGCAGAAGAAACAGGACAUCCUGAAGAAGUUCAUGGAGCAGCAUCCUGAGAUGGAUUUUUCCAAAGCGAAGUUCAGCUGAAAGCCGCUGUUCUCUCUUCUGUGGACAAGCUUUUGCUGAAGACACACCAGGCACCCUUAAAUUAAAAUCAGCGUCCGCCCUGUUUCUCCCCUUUACAGACUGUUGGUUUAUUCCUUUGCUGUUCUUUACCUUUUUUUUUGUUAACCAUUAAAGACUGCAUGGCCGUCUCAGUUGAACUGUACUGUCAGACAGAUGUACUGUCUUCUGAAUAUUUAAACGAUUGCAUUUUUUUAAAUAAAAAAUUCAAACAUCACCACCCAGUGAGCUGUAAAAGUC